AUGUGUGCUAUUGUAACAGCUUCAGUUGAAGGUUUAGCGAUGGUGAUGGUGCUACAAAUUUGCGCGGAACUACAAAUCAUUGUUCAUCGCCUGCACAUGGUUUCUCAAUUACAGAAAAAAAAUAAAUACGAAUCCAUAAUCUUUCAUUGUGAGUCAAGACUCGUCAAAGAUUGCGUUGAUAAUCAUAUUGACACAUACAUACUUGGAGAGAAACUGAAUGAGUCGUUUGGCCCCAUAAUUUUUGUACAAUUUUUUGCAUCAAUACUAGGUUUGUGUACGGUAAUCUAUGAAUUGUCAAAAUUAAGUAUGCAUAAUCCGAGUAGCUUAAGGCUAAUAGUAGUGUUAAUCACUGCUCUCGUACAGAUAUUUGUUUACUGUUUUUAUGGCGAGAAAUUGAUGGAACAGAGCAUCUCCAUUGCAGAAGAAGUUUACCAGAUGGAUUGGGUCGAAACAACAAUGAAAACCAAAAAAAACCUGACUUCAAUAAUGAUACGUGCUGGAAAACCCAUUAAGUUGACUGGUUUAUCAAUUAUCAUUAUGACAAUAGACACAUUUGUCAAAAUAGUAAAAACGGCUUAUUCUGCCUACAAUUUAUUGACAUCUACUCGAGGCAUUCCAUAG